AUGGAUAAUACUGAAUCACAUAGGGAUAAAGGUCGGUAUUUACGUGUUAUGGUAGAAGUCGAUGUGAAGGAAGAACUACCAGAUACAAUGGAAGUGGACAUUCAUGGGAUUGAUUGUGUUCUUGAAUUUGAAUAUAAGUGGAAGCCCCAAAUUUGUACCCUCUGCCAGAGGGUUGAUCAUGUUUCUGAAAGGAACAAUAUGGGUAACACUACUCUUGUUCCUCUUCAAAUCUCAAAUUCUUUUCAAGUUUUACAGAAUGAAGAAGCACAGAAGGAAACUGAAGAGGAUAAUCCAAUUAACGAGGGAGAGCUAAAUCAAGAAAAAGUUUUAGAAACUCCUACAAAGGACCUACAAGAGGAGACAGUUCAAGUUUUACAAGGCCAUACACCUGAAAUUCCAACUAGGCAUAUUAUUCAAGACAUUCUAAGUACAGCAGAAAACAUUCAGUCUAGUCCUAUCAUCAAAAAUAGGACUGAUAAGGAGGUUCCAUCUUUGAAGGGAUUAUUACCUGAUUCACAAGGUGAGAUUGUCUCUGUCUUAAGUGAUGAAGCAAUUGAUUUUGGGAAUCCAGCACGGAAUACUAUUAAUACAUCUAAGGAUGUUCUUUGUUCCUCCUCCAAUCCAAACGAAAGUUCACAGAAAAUCAAUAACAAAAAGAAUAGUAUAGGCUGGGAUCCAUUGAUGUUUGCAGUUACUAUGGUUAAUGAGAUGGAUCAAUGUUUACUACUUAAAGUCCAUAUUUUACAAACUGAUGUGAUGCUGUUUUGUACUCCUGUGUAUGCCUCUAAUACUAUAGCUGGAAGAAGAAGACUAUGGGGCCAAUUGAUCAUUCAAUCCUCUAUUAUUAAUGGCCCAUGGCUGGUUGUUGGGGACUGGAAUGCUACUAGGUUUCACUCAGAUAAAAAAGGAGGUCGAAUGGUUCCAAAAAAACUCCUUGCUGAAUUCAAUGAUUGCCUGCAACAUGCUGGUUUAAUUGAAUUAUUUGCUACCAAUGGGGAAUGGACAUGGUGUAAUAGACAAGGAAGUGAUAGGAGAAUUUUGGCAAAGCUUGAUAGAGUUUUUACAAAUAAUGCUUGGCUGCAAAUGUUCACAUGUACAAAGAUUUCAUAUUCUGCUUCAACAUCAUCUGAUCACUAUGGCGUUGUUAUUAAUAUUUUUAGACAAUUUGCAAGUGGCCCAAAGCCCUUCAAAAUGCUAAAAGUCUGGUGUCUUCAUGAGGGCAUCUCUAAAGUGAUUAAACAAGCCUGGGAUGUUCCUAUAAUGGAAUCUCUUCAAGAGACUACAACUGAGAAUGAUUUUGAAGUUAAUCCUAGACAUAUCUUAUCUAUAGAUGAUAGAUUAAUUCUGGAUUCCCCUAUUUCCAAUGAAGAGAUUAAAUUAGUUGUGAUGAAUUUCAAACCAGAUAAGGCUCCUGGUCCAGAUGGUUUCCAGCUAGGUUCUAUCAAUCUUUUUAGUCUAUUGUUCAACCUGAAGUAUAUGCAGCUGUCCAAUAUUUCUUCACUGAAGGUUCCCUUCUAA